GGCUGAGCUUCCCUUUGCAUCUUGUCUGCUUUUGCCGAAUCAAGAUUCGGCCCAUGCCCUCCUUGCAGCCUCCUGGGACUAGCAGGAGGAAAAGAUGGGGGAGACGAGCCUGAGAAAACGGGGAGAGGAUGAGAAGUCGAUCCAGAGCAAUGAACCCAAGACCACAAGCCUCCAGAAAGAGGUGGGCCUGGUCAGUGGCAUCUGUAUCAUCGUGGGCACCAUCAUCGGUUCUGGGAUCUUCAUUUCCCCCAAGUCUGUGCUCAGCAACACGGAAACCGUGGGGCCCUGUCUCAUCAUAUGGGCAGCCUGUGGGAUCCUUGCAACACUGGGUGCGCUGUGCUUUGCAGAGCUUGGCACAAUGAUCACCAAGUCAGGGGGCGAGUACCCCUAUCUGAUGGAGGCCUUUGGCCCCAUUCCUGCCUACCUCUUCUCCUGGACCAGCCUGAUGGUCAUGAAGCCUUCAUCCUUUGCCAUCAUCUGCCUCAGCUUCUCUGAGUACGUGUGUGCGCCCUUCUACUCAGGCUGCGAGCCUCCUGAGACAGUCAUUAAAUGCCUGGCUGCAGCUGCUAUCAUGCUCAUCACGAUAGUGAAUGCACUGAGUGUGCGGCUCGGCAGCUACGUGCAGAACUUCUUCACGGCAGCCAAACUGGUGAUCGUGGCCGUCAUCAUCAUCAGUGGACUCGUUCUCCUGGCCCAAGGAAACACAAAGAAUUUUGAAAAUUCUUUUGAGGGCACGAAACUUUCUGUGGGAACCGUCAGUCUCGCGUUUUACAACGGACUCUGGGCCUAUGACGGCUGGAAUCAACUCAACUAUAUCACAGAAGAGCUUAAAGACCCUUUCAGAAACCUGCCCCGGGCCAUUGUCAUUGGGAUCCCUCUGGUGACGGUGUGCUACAUCCUCAUGAACAUUGCCUACUUCGCUGUGAUGUCCCCAACAGAACUCCUGCAGUCCCAGGCGGUGGCCGUGACGUUUGGUGACCGUGUCCUCUAUCCUGCCUCUUGGGUUGUUCCACUUUUUGUGGCGUUCUCGACCAUCGGUGCUGCCAAUGGGACCUGUUUUACAGCGGGCAGGCUCAUAUACGUUGCAGGCCGGGAAGGCCACAUGCUUAAAGUGCUCUCCUACAUCAGUGUCAGGCGCCUCACUCCUGCCCCCGCCAUCAUCUUUUACGGUAUUAUAGCGACAAUUUAUAUCAUCCCUGGCGAUAUAAACUCCUUAGUCAACUAUUUCAGUUUUGCUGCAUGGCUGUUUUAUGGGCUGACGAUUUUAGGACUCAUUGUGAUGAGGUUCACAAAAAAAGACCUGGAAAGGCCUAUCAAGGUACCCAUUUUCAUUCCCAUCUUGGUGACUCUCAUAUCUGUUUUUUUGGUUCUGGCCCCAAUCAUCAGUAGGCCUGCAUGGGAGUAUCUCUACUGUGUGUUAUUUAUACUGAGUGGCCUUAUAUUUUACUUCCUUUUUGUCUACUACAAAUUUGGAUGGGCUCAGAAAAUCUCAAAGCCUGUCACCAUGUACCUUCAGAUGCUGAUGGAAGUCGUCCCACCAGAGAAAGAAACUGAGUAACAAGUUCAUUGCUUGUAGCCCAGUCAAGACUGUGAUGAAUUUAUUUUUGUAAGCAAUAUUUGUGGUUAUUUCUUCCUGAUAUUUUUCUUAAGGAAAAAAAUAUGCCCAGGUGUUU